AUGGCGCAAUCCUAUCACCCUGAGUGUGCCCGGGCCCGGGCCCGGCCCAGGCCCAGCUGCCCCGCAGAGCACCACGGCUGGCCCCGGAGCCAGCGCAAGGAUUACACUCUGUUCAUGCUGAAGCAGCAAAGUGACUUCCAGCACCGUGUGGAGCACCUGCUCACCGUCCACGUGGACUCCAAGGACAUUCGUGACGUGGAUGACUGUGUGGCACGGCUGAAGAUGAUGGACGCACAGGGACGGGUCUGGGGACAGGACAUGAUCCUGCAAGUGAGAGACCAUGAGCUGCUGUUGAGCGACAUCGAGACCAAGGAGGAGUUGGAGAGCUUCCCCCUGGAGAGUGUCCAGGCAUGCGCUGCCGUCCUCAACUGCUGUGUCUACAAUUCCAUCCUGGCCAUCACCGUGAGGGAGCAGAGCCAGCACGGGAGCAGCAUCCUCCUCUUUCAGUGCGAGCAGUUGGGGGCAGAGCUGAUGAAAGCCAACUUGGAGAAGGCUGUCAAGGAGUGGAAAGGGGAACGGGAGAGUCAGGAUGUGCUCAGGAGCAGUUUGGAGACCAUGCUGUCCCAGCAGAGCCGAGGGUCCUUCCACAGCAACCCCCCACAUACCAGCCAGGAUAGGUGGGCUGGACUGCCAGAGCCAGUCCCCUUUAUUCCCCCCACACCACGAGGAUGGCAAAGCCAAGGCCCGGUGCCCCAGAAUCCCCCAGCCUCCAUGGAUUAUGCGCCUGACCAGCCGCGGCCCCCAAAGCCGAGAGAUGAGUGGACAGAUCCUGGCUUGCAGGCAAUGCAGGACUUCGACAAAGACACUGAAAUCCUGAACCACGUGCUGAGUGACAUCGAACUCUUUGUGGGGAAGCUGAAGGAGACGAGCGGCUCGCUGAGCAUCAAGAAGAAGUCGAAGAAAAAGGACAAGGAGAGAAGAGUGCUGCCCCCAGAGCCUGAGUAUGAGACCUGCUUCCAGAAGAUCAAAUACGCCUUAAACCUGCUGGGGAAGCUGAAACCUAAGCUGCAGCAGCAGCCACCCAGUGCCCCAGAACUGGUUCGAAUCAUGUUCUCCACCCUCUCCUUCAUUUUAUCCAACUGUCCCUGGCCAAACCUGGCUUCUUCCAUUGUUUCCCCUCUGCUGACUGAGGCAGCCAUCGACCUGCUGGACGAGUCUUUGGAGAAAAAGGACCGAGACACCUGGAAGAGUCUGGGCAAGGCUUGGGACACAAUGAGGACAGAGUACCCUGGCGGACAGUUCAUCCCUCCCUACAUCCCCAUCUUCUCAGAUGGGUGGGUGCCCCCCCUGCCGACCCAGAGGGAGAACACCACUCACUUGGAGAGGCAGCCGCGGGGAAGCCAGAACCACGCCACGCCCAGAGCUCCUUCUAGUCCGCCUCAGCGCAUGCAAGCCAUGUACGAAUUCCAGGCCCGGAACAACAAGGAGCUGACUGUCAUGAAAGGGGAACUGCUGGAGAUUCUAGACCAGAGGAAGAAGUGGUGGCUUGCUAGAAACAGUGCCGGCGAGAGGGGCUAUAUCCCGAACAACAUCGUGGGGCCGGUGGAUCAGGAGCCUGCGGAGAACAGCAUGAACCACGUGCCAAGCGGCUCCCCUGGUCUCCAGCAGCACUCCACGCCGGCGGAGGUGACGGCCUGGCUGCGGGACAUGGGCUUCUCCAAGAUCACAGUGAAGUGCCUUGGCGUGCUCAAUGGCAACCAGCUGCUGGGGAUGAGCCAGGAGGAGAUGAAAACUGUCUGCCCAGAAGAGGGGAGACGUGUCUUCUUCAAGCUCUCUGCUGUUAAAUCGUCCCUGGGGAUUGGCCCUCAUGAUUAGCUGGCUCCCUUCCACACCAUCUCCAGUCUGGCAGAAGCAGCCCAGGGCCGAGAGACUGAACAGAGGGACAGCAGGUCACUUCUAGCAUCAGCCCUACUACUCUUCAAGGAUUCUUCUGAGUCUCUUCCCCUGCCUCUUGUACCCAGUGCAGACAUCCCCUAAAGCCACAUGUCACCCAACUGGCAGACUGUUUUUGUUCAGUUUGUACAGCACCUAGCACAGGGGGGUCCUGGUCCAUGACAGGCUGCUUGGUUCUCCUGCACUACAAACAUUAAUUUAUUCUUAGGGCUACAUAUGCUCCAGCUAAACAUGGAUGUCAGCAUUCUGAUCAGAGGCAGAUAAGUUUAGCUCCUGAACAGGCUUUGUCCAACUCUCCCAGUUGUACAGCACCAGUUCUAGAGUUUAACAAUACAUGUAACCCCAGAAGAUAAAGCCAAGCAUUCUAGGGGGUGUCUCCCUACUAUUAUGCCUUUGCAGAGCUGACUAAGUCAUAAGCAGAAAGAUUUUCUUUUAGAUGCACUAAAUAUCAAGCCUGCAGGGCCAAGAUCUCCCACAAUAUGUGUAGUGUUUUCACAGGUUCUUCUAGCCAGGAGCAAUUUAAGACUAGCCCUUAUCAGGUGACGUUUGUUUAAUGGUAUGUAAAGAAAAUCCUUGACUCUACAAAUAAAGUGAUUGAAUCAACUCCUUUCCUAGCCUCAUUUAGGGACUGACUUUGGAAGAGUAUUAGGAAUAGUGGAGCCCAGAGUGGGUAGGAGCUCUUCCCUGAUACCAGGGAUAGGAUAAUGGUUUUA